ACCGGCACAAAAAAAUUCGAACGGAGUGUGCUAUCGCGACAUACUGUAGUGUCGCCUUUCUUUCMCACUGCAACCACAAUUCCGAAAACGGAUCCGUUUGAAUAUUUACUWAAAACCAAUACAACAACACCAUGUCUGGAAGAGGAAAAGGAGGAAAGGGACUCGGAAAGGGAGGCGCCAAGCGUCACCGAAAGGUCCUUCGUGACAACAUCCAGGGCAUCACCAAGCCCGCCAUCCGCCGUCUCGCGCGUCGAGGUGGUGUCAAGCGUAUCUCGGGAUUGAUCUACGAAGAGACUCGGGGUGUCCUCAAGGUSUUUCUCGAAAACGUCAUUCGUGAUUCUGUCACCUAUACCGAGCACGCUCGUCGCAAGACCGUCACCGCUAUGGACGUUGUGUAUGCUCUCAAACGCCAGGGRCGCACCCUCUACGGAUUCGGUGGUUAAAAAAAGAAAUACAUCCAUGUGAAGGAACAUCCAUCCAAUAACAAUCAUUAUUAUUA